AUGGCACCUGGCUCCUAUUCCAAUCACGCAUGGGCGCCACUCAUUAGCCACCACUCAUUACCCCUCACGAACCUCAACCUCUUAACAUGGCGCAAUUCCCGCUCCGGGAAUACCCCUAUAUGCGAUCCAGGCCCCCUUUCCUCCACCAAAAAAUCGGGGUACAAUGAGUACCAAGACCAGGGACUUUGUGCAUGUAUCUUAAAGGGAGUAACAGCCAAACUGCCAUUACAAAUUCUCGCCUCGACAAUAUCAAGAACUAGUCUCUUUGCCGCAAAGGAUAUGGCAGCCGGAGAAGAGAUCCUCGUAUCAGAACCUCUGGCUAAUUGUGUCGAGGAUGAAAUGCCCGGCUUCGUCUAUGAUUACUACUUUACGGACAGUAGAAAACGUGUUCAUCCAAGUGGCCAUUUCCGCAAAGCGGAGGAUCAAAUGUCUAAUGUAAAGCUAUACGGUGGAUGUCGGACUUCACAAUGGAAGGCUGUAACGAUGCUCCAACCUCACGAAAAGGGACAUCUCGCCUCGGAAAACCGCGACUUGAUCAUGGGGGCAUCCUUGGGCGCCAUGGACAACACAAAAUUGAAGAUGCGCAGCUGGUUUAAAUCAGAGCUAGCAACUCGUAAAGGCUCGGCUUUAGGGGGCUUAUCUCGAGUGCAGAUUGUGGAAGAAGCCAAAUCAACAUUGGUAAAGUGCAUCACCGACAUAUUCCUCAGGGCCAAUGCUUCAGGCGAAGUCGACACGGGAACAUUGGAGCCAACACUCACAGCAUCAUGA